AGACAAGGAAAAUGGGAAAUGGGUUUUAUUUCAAUCUACUUGAUUUUACUGUAGUUAGUUGCAUUUGAAUUCAUUUUUGGAGAUAUUGCUGGGAAAAAAAUGCUGGGAUUACUAAUUUUUUAUGGGUGUUUUUUGUUGGAUUUUUCUUGUUUGAAUUCGCACUUCCAAUGGUAUAGAUUAUUCAUCAAGUAGUUUUGGUCAUGCAAACACAAGUGUAAUUUGAUUUUUUGAUCACAUGCAUUAUUGGGUGCUGGCAUUAUACAUCAACAACGAUGGAGGAGCGUCCCCUGGAAUUCAAGGGGCAUUUGCCUCGAAUCUGAACCGCCCAAAUUGUCGGUCCCACUGGAUUCGUUACAGCUGGGAAAUCGGAUUGAUUAGAGAAUCCUGGCCUCUCUGAUUAUUGGACAUUUGGAUCAUAGGCAUUAGUGGUAGGGGCAUGAUUGAAUGCUGGCAUAAUGCCACAACUGCAGUGCCGGGGCGUCCCCUGAUAUACACAUGGCAUCUGCCUCGAAUCUGAACCGCCCAAGUAGUCUGUCCCACAGUAGAUUGGUCAUAUCCCUGAAAUCAUAUUGAUUAGAGAAUCCUCAUCUCUCUGAUUAAUGGACAUUUGGAUCAUAGGCAUUACUGGUAGGGGCAUUAUACAUGCUGGCAUUGUACCGGAGCUACGGUGCAGGGGCAUCCGCAUCCCCUGACAUAUACAUGGCAUGUGCCUUGAAUUUGAACUGCACAAACUGUAGGUCCCAUGGAUUGCUCAAAUCCCCAAAGACAGAUUGAUUAGAGAAUGCUGACCUCUCUGAUUAAUGGCCAUUUGUUUGUUUAAUUUGGAUUGUUUAUUGGUUUUUGUUCUCACCGUCCAUUGGAAUUUUUGACUGAUUGGCGGGAUAAUCCAUCUGAUCUGAAUCCCACUCUUUGGGUGGUGGUAUUAUAUUUAUGCGUAGCACUCUAUCAUUCUUCUGUUAUACAAUGCUUGGCCUGUAUUACCAGCUAUUUGAUUCAGGCCAAGCAUUUUUUACAGAUGGGGCACCUCGUUUCUGGAUCAUCCAUCUGUUUAUGCCAUCCAACAAUCCCAUUCAUCUGACAAGUGUAUGUUUUGCUGAUGACUUUUGGCAGGAAAUCAAUUGGAUGGCUAGGAUUGUCCAUUGGCGAGAUUUUGUGGCUCAUCUCUAGUCCAUAGCGGGACGUACCAGAAGAACUGUCUGGAUGACUUAAAUGCAGGCCCAAGGAAGUCGCCAGUCACUCAGGCUGAGUGUUGUAUAUUUAUCCUGAGCUAAAAAUUCAUAUGCACAUACAGUCAUUGAUGUAUAGGUCAAUUACAAUGGGUCAUCCUUUUGGUUUAGGAAGACCAUGGCAGUGAUAUUCAGGGGCACUGUUUUUACAAGCCCGAUGGGAAUAAAGAGGAUGGAAGGAGAUGCAGGUGGAGGUGACGCAAGGGAAGAAGAUGUUGAUGAUCAAUUGCUCUUGUUGAAUAAAGAAGCCAUCAAACAUUCCAGUAAAAGGUUGGGAAAAUUGACUCCCACAAUACGUUCUAAGAUUGCGGAGCAUAGCCAACACAAUCCAACUUUAACUCAAAAAGCAUUGCUGAAGUGGGCUGAAGACAUGUUUGGUAUUAGAGUAACACAAGGAACCAUAUCCAACAUCCUUGCAGCUAAUAGAAAUGCGGCGGCGGCAACUGGCAACUUAACGGUUGGUCAGAAGAAGGCCAUUUGCGAAGAGAAUGAGAGGGAUCCGCAGAAGACACAGGAGCAACUUGCUGUGUUUGUCCAAGAGAAGUUCAAUCUCAGCAAGAAACCAUCCCAAGCGACGAUUUGCCAAGUCUUGAAACGUAAGAAGGAAUUUCUGAAAGUGGAUGGUACUCUUCAGGAAUCUGUAAAGCGCCGCAGCAUUCCCCGAUUUCCCAAAAUUGAGGCCGCGCUUUCGAACUGGGUGCUUCAGUGCCAAGCAAACCAGCUACCACUAUCGGGCCAGAUUAUACAAGAAAAGGGGCGGUCGAUGGCACGGAUGCUUAAUAUCCCAGAGGAUGAGGUUCCCACGUUCUCAGAUGGAUGGCUCCAUAAAUUCCAGAUGAGGCAUAACUUCCAGCAUUUCCGAUCUCGAGGGAAGUGCCGGGUCGCUGAUCCCAUAGCCGUUGCAAUGCUGAAAUUGAAGGAGAUCACUGACCGGUUUGAAUUACAGGACAUCUUUAGCAUGGAUGAGGCUGCCCUGUUCUACUCCAUGUCCCCAGAUAGAACUAUUGCAGAGAAACAAUUAGAGGUCGUGGAUAAAGAUAAAAUUCGCCUGACACUCGCACUCACUUGCAAUGCGAAUGGGUCCGAAAAGUUGCCGCCUCUGUUUGUUGGGUCUUCUGCAAGGCCAAGAUCCUUCCAGAAGAGAACUCGAGAGGAACUUUGCUUCUAUUACCGCAAUAAUAAAAAAGCGUUGAUGACCGCAGUACUAUUUCAGGAAUGGCUAAAGAAGCUUGAUAUGUAUAUGGGGUCUCGCGAUCGCAGGAUUCUCCUACUUCUGGAUGAUGGGCCAUCCCAUGUCAUUGAAAAUGUAGACUUGGGUCAUGUGCAUGUUCACUUCCUCCCACCCGACACAACCUCAAAGAUACAACCAUUGGAUGCUGGAAUCAUUGCAGCCUUCAAACGUCGCUAUCGGAGCUAUCAACUCCAACACGCCGUGGAUUUAGAUGGUGCUGGUGAGAGAAAUAUCUACAAGGUCAACGAACUUCAAGCCAUCCGGUGGGCUGUGGCUGCUUGGAAGUCGAUACAUCCCAACACUAUCAUCAAUAGCUGGAGGCAUUGCCCCUUCCUUAGUCCUCGUGGUGAGGAUGGGUUGCCAUUGCUUACGCCAAUGUCUAAUGCACAUCCGCUAAUCGAGGAAGUCGGUGAAACUCUGAUAGAGGAAGCGUUGGUUAAUAAGAUGACUAUGCUUGGUGUAAAGGAUCCGUUGAGCAUCCAAAAACUUAUCCAUCCUGCCAUUGAAGUAGUAGUUCAUGCAGUUUUUAGCAACGAGGAUUUGCUUGAGGUGGCAGAUGAAGCUGGCAUAGAAGAGGAAGAAGACAACGGCGAAGAGCAGCAACUGAAGGUGACACCAAAGGAGUUGCUGCCUGCUCUCGAGACAGUCAUUCGUAAAUUGGAGGAGGAUGCAAUUGGCAAUCAUGGCAUUCUUGUUCAUUUGUUGGAGUUGAAAAGAACAACAAGACAUGAAGAAGUUGAUCAAGAUGAGUCGUCGUUGUACUUCUUCUAGAACUCAAGUACCUGCCAUUCUUGGUCAUCUUACUUCCUUUCCUUGACUUUUAAAGUGACCCUUUUACCUUUUGAGAUUGUUUAGAUCAGUAAGAAGAAGGGAUUUUUAGAAACAGCCACCCUUUUGUUUUAUGAGUUAAUUAGACAGAACCACUAAAAAAUCUGAGCCGUUCAUCAAGUGGAAACCUUCAAGAUGGGUAUUUCUAUUGUCCCAAAGCUCUGGUCUAGUAAGGUGGGCCAGAUGGUGUCUGGAAGAAAUGGGUGGUUACUACUGAUUACGGGUAUUUUCAUCAUUAAAAAAAAAAAAAAACUGACGGCUGUGAUUUCAAUCUGACAGAAUAAGGUCACAUAAAAAAUGUAGGUGCUAAAAUCUAACCCCAAAGUUUUUGGGUGGCUCUAUCUAAUGAAGCCAUAAAAAAAGGGUGGCUUUUUCUGAAAAUCCCCAAGCAGAAGUAACUAGAUCUCUCACCUACUCAGAAAUGCAUUAUGUAUAGUCAACAUUUUUCUCUGUAAUGCGAUCGUCAUUUUAUUAAUAUAAAUUCCUUCUUAUCCAUUAAAAAGAAGAAGCAACAAUAUAUUUUCUAUGUUCAUUGCAUUAGAUGAUUGUAUUCUAUUUUUAUCAUUGUAAGGUAUUUUUAAAUGCAUUGCCACUAUGGUUUUUCAGUU